AUGGCUAGAAAUGCCGAAAAAGCGAUGACCGCUCUGGCGCGAUGGCGGCGAAUGAAAGAAGAGGAGGAGAGGGGUCCAAUCGCCAGAAGACCACACGAUGUGAAGGAUUGCAGAAAUUUGUCAGAUGCGGAGAGAUUCCGACGAGAAAUCGUUCGAGACGCCUCGAAGAAAAUCACAGCGAUUCAGAAUCCGGGACUCGGCGAGUUCAAACUUCGUGAUUUGAACGAUGAAAUCAAUCGGCUGAUCAAAUUGAAACACGCGUGGGAGCAACGGAUUCGAGAGUUGGGCGGUACAGACUAUCGAAAAUAUGCACAAAAAGAGCUAGACGCGAUAGGAAGGGAGACAGGCAACUCCAGGGGCUAUAAGUACUUUGGUGCUGCGAAAGACUUGCCCGGUGUCCGUGAGCUAUUCGAGAAAGGCACAGAAGGCGAGGAGCAACGAAGGCAUCGUGCAGAUCUGAUGAGGAAUAUCGAUGCGCAUUACUUUGGUUAUCUGGAUGACGAGGAUGGGCGGCUCAUUCCACUGGAGAAGCUUGUCGAGGAGAAGAAUGUUGAGAGAGUCGCCAAGGAGUUUGCCGAGAAGCAAGCGGAGAAACUGAAAUACGCGAAGGCUGACGCUGAGGCUCCAGAGAAUAUCUAUAAAGUGGAAGAAGAGGAUGAGGACGAUCUGGCGACACAGGAAUCGACGGUGAUCGGGGAGGACGGGCGGCCGAUGACGAUUCGACACGUGUUGCUUCCAACUCAGCAGGAUAUCGAGGAGAUGUUAUUAGAGCAGAAGAAGCAGGAGCUCAUGUCGAAGUAUCUCGAUUGA